UUAAUGUCAGACGCUCCAAGAGUAAUGAAUAAUAAAAUAAUAGAAAUUAUUUUUUAGAAAUACUUCUAACCAGCCCUAAUAAUCCAAUGUUAUAAAAUAAGUUGAUGAAUAAUCAAAUCAAGAGACAAAUGUUUUACCUAUAAAUUAAACAAAAGACUUAAAUUAAUUAGGAUUAGAUUUUGUAUAAGCCGGAGAAGUAGCAUUAUAAUAGGUAAAUGUUGUGUGUUAUAAUGGUGUAUAACAAUUCUAGGGAUUAUUGGUAGCUACAAAUUAUUAGGUAAUAUUUUUAUUAAUAAAAGAUUGUUUUCUUGCCUUAAAGAUUUCCUAUGGAGUUCAAAAAGAAUUACUUUUAAGUACCUUAUACAUUUUUGAUAAAAGUGGAUAGAACUAUUGAUAAGAAGUAAAAUGAUUCAAAUUUAAUUGAGAUAUCAUCAAAAGAUGGUAGAUACUUUAGAUAUAGAUUUUAGAGAGAGCAAAGUGAUGAUUGUGCAUGUCUAUUUAAUUUGAUUAAUAAAAAUGCUUAUACUUUAUAGAAGACAACAUUAUUUGCAUUUACAUAUUAUAAAGAAAUGUAGAAUUUGGAGAAUGAAUUUUAAGGAUGGAAAAUAUAUAAUAUUGAAAAAGACUUUGAGAGAAUGGGAAUUAUAGUAUAAUAAGAAAAUCAGCAAUAAUAAAUUAAUGGAUUAUUUAAAUAUUUGAAUAAUGAAGGUGGAUAGAUAUGUGCAACAUAUUACAAUAGAUUAAUUGUACCUUCUAAAGUUGAUAUGGAUUGUAUAUAGAAGACAGCUAAAUUUAGAUCAAAGGAGAGAAUACCAAUUUUAUCAUAUGCAUUUUAAGUAAAUGGAAAGAUUGUGUCAUUGUGGAGAAGUGCAUAAUGUAGAAUAGGAAUAGGUUAAAUAAGAUCAUUAGAAGAUGAAUUAUAUUUAAAAUAGAUGUCUUAAUAAAUGGUUGAUGAACAAGAUAAUUAAUAAGAAGAAAUUCGAUUAAAAAUAUAUGAUGCUCGUUCAGAUGUUAAUUCUAUAGGAUAAUAAGUUGCUGGUAAGGGUUUUGAGAUUCCAAUUUAUUAUAAAAGUUGCAGUCUUGAAUUUCUAGAAAUAUAGAGUAUACAUAAAGUUAGAGAAUCUUAAAUGAAGUUAUUGAAAAAUUCAUUUAGGUAAAAAGUUUGUAUAAUUAUAAUAGUGAGACUAUUUAAUUUAUUUCAUAAUUAGAAAUAUCUAUUUGGUAUGAACAUAUAGUAUCUCUUAUAUAAGGUGCUGUUAGAAUAGCAUUAAGUUUAACAAGAGAGAAAUUGAAUGUGUUAGUUCAUUGUAAUGAUGGAUGGGAUAAAACACCUUAAUUAAUAUCAUUAGUAUAGAUAAUGAUAGAUGGAUAUUACAGAACAUUUGAUGGAUUUAUGAUAUUAAUAUAAAAGGAAUGGAUUAAUAAUGGACAUUAAUUUUGUUAGAGAUCUGCAAUUGGUAAUAAAUAACAUAGUGAUGAUUGUCGAUCACCAAUAUUCUUUUAGUUUUUAGAUUGUGUUUAUUAAAUGUAAUAAUUAUAUCCAUUAUCUUUCGAAUUUAAUGUUAAAUUAUUACUAGAUUUAGCAUAUCAUAAUAUGUCUUCUCUUUUUGGAAAUUUCAUAUGUGACUCUUAUUUGGUAUUGAUUCUCAUUUUAUGAAUUAAUUUUAGGAAAUUCAAAAAUAAAAAGUAAUGGAAUCAACAGUAUCCAUUUGGUCUUGGAUGAUGAAAUAUAAAGAUAAAUAUAAAAAUGCAUUUUAUUUGAAUCCUGCUUCAAUUGAAUAAGAAGUUAUUAUUCCUGAAUAAUUUACAGGGAAAUCUGUGAAAUUCUGGUAAGAAUAUUUUCUUAAUUAUUCUCCUGAAUAUAAUGAUGUUUAUGGGAUACAUCCUUCAUCUAUAUUUACAAGGUAAUUUAAGAUUAUAUUUAUUUAUUUAGAGAUAAUUUAUAGGAAAUGUAUAAGAGUUUAGCUAAAGAAAAUCAAGUUUUGAGAUUGGCUUAAAUGGAUCAAGAGAAAUUGGCUCAUUUGAACUAAUAGAAGUUUAAUUAACUAAUUCAAAUCAUUUAGGAAACAUAAAAUGAGAAAAUCAUUGAAAAAAUUGAAUCGAUUCAACUUACAUGAUA